CCUAGAACGGCCCAAGUUGCCCAGAUGCGCCUUGGCGCACCCGGCUGUCGUUACACAAACCGCCCGCCCGUCGACGCGGGACCCCCCCGUUGCAUCAUGCCAUGUGUCGUGCUGGGCCGGUGAUGACGUCUCUGCACCGGCAUGGAGGCAUGUCUGGGCUGGUCCAUCGAACGCCGCCUGCCGCCGCCCUGGCCCCCUUUCCGCGCAUGCGAGGAAGCGAGCGAGCAAGCAAGCACUUUUGGUUCCGACUCGGAACUGCUUCUGCCGUGGGUUUUGCCUCUAUCGCUCGCUCGCUCGGCAUGAAUGAAGCGGGCAGCGCCGCGCAGCCCUGCCUCCCUGACUUGACUGUCUGGCCAUGCGCGGGCUUUGCUGGUUUGGCUGGCUGGCUGGCUAGCUGGCUGGAGGGUUGGGGCUGGAGCUGGCCUCUAUGCCGCCUUCGACCCCAUUGACGAUGUCUCUUGUUCUUUCUCUUCCUCUUCCUACUCUUUCCUUCUGCAUCUAUUUCAUAGUGCUCGACCGUCAAGCAGUGGCAUGCGUCCAGCCGCUGUUCCGUUAUUACCCAGUGGGCCUGCGCCGUGCUCUUCACAUUCUCAGGCUGACUUGAUAUUUACGCAACAAAGCAAAAAAGGGAAUGAAAGAUCGGACCGACGGACGGCUGGAGGCGCGAAGCAAACAGAGCAGAGGGGAAGCAGCACCGCACGGGCAGCCAGCUUCAGUGCUGCCUUCCAGUUUGCUCGGGUGAUUUAUAAGCCCGGGCAGCUUUACUGACACAGCUGCCACCUCUGCUGAACCACAUCAGGGGGCCCAGAGCUACCUAAGGCAAGGUAGUGUUCAGCGCUUCCGUUGGGCUGGCUCCCCCUGCACUGCACUGGGCGGUAGUUACGGUAUAGGCGUCAAUCCAGUUGCUUGAUGCCUGCGCUGCCUGGCCUGGCGUCCGCCCAUGGCAGUCAUGGUGGACCCUGCCUUACUGCCCCCACUGCAGCACCCGGCGCCCUAUUUUUCGCACCCUGAGCGCCGCCAACUUCGGCACCACGCGGAGCCGCAGCGCCAGCCGGCGCCUCAACACGUAUCCGUACCUCGAGCUUUGGCAGCUUCCUUCGCGUCCGGCAACCACAUGCCCCUCCACCCGCACAUCGACAGCGUAACCAACACCGACUACUAUCUCUGUCGCCACCCACAACAGCCCGCUUCCUCCCACAGCCCGCCGUCCUUCGCAUCCGUCCGACCUUGUGAUGCCCGAUUGCGCCGCUCGCUCGCGAUAACCACCAUGGCCAGCCCCGUAGGCGAGCAGAACUGGCUCGCCUACCUCGAAGAGGCGGCCCGCACCGCCGCCGACCUCGAGCAGCGCGUCAACGUCGUCGAGCUCUACAAGCGCGCCAUCGGCGCUGAGCCCGGCAGCCUGCGCCUAUGGCUGGCCUACUGCAACUACUUUUGGGGCCUAUGGGCCAGCUCCCACGCUGCUGUCGACGCCUCGGAGACCGCCUGGUCCGACGAGGAGCAGCUCAUGGGACGUGAGCUCUUCUCCUUUGGCGCCGCCCUCGACCUCUGGCAGCAGGGCUACGAGGCCAUCAAAUACCGAAUCAACGAUAGCAACCAAUUCUGGGACCGCUGGGUCUCCCUUGAGCUGGAACAGCUGGCCAAGACUAAGACUCCUGAGGGCGUCCGGCGCAUCACCCACCUCUACCGCGACCGCUUGGCCAUUCCGCAUCUCACCUGGGACGAGACGUCGCAGGCAUUCUCGAGCUUCCUGUCCGAGUACAACAAGGCUUCGUGGGAGGAGACGAUGAAGGAGGUGACAUCCGCCGCGCAGGGCGUCAAGCGCGUCAUUGACGCCCGCGACCCGUUCGAGCUCAAGCUCCAGGAGGCUGUGCGACGCGGCGACGCCGAGGCCGAAAAGGCGGUCAUGCGCGACUACCUCGAGUGGGAGAUACUGCAGAGCAAGAGGAACAACGACGUCCCAGAGAUGGCCGUCGACAUUUGCAGUGGCUUGUUCUCGCGCGCCCUAAGCGGCGUCUUUGCCCUAGACGACGGCAUAUGGCACGAAUACGCCGUCUUUGUCUCGUCAAACACGGAAGCUCACGCGACUGACAAGCUGCUCGACAUACUGCGCAGAGCUGUCGUGCACUGCCCUUGGUCUGGGCAGCUGUGGAACCGGUUCAUAUUGUGUGCCGAGGAGGCCAAGCUCCCCUUUUCCGAGAUUGAAGCCAUCAAACACGCGGCCACGAGCGAUAACCAGUUGUACCGCGACGGUAUGGAGAGCGUCAUUGAGAUGUACGUUGCCUGGUGCGGCUUCCUAAAGCGUACGGCGCUCGAGCCCACGGCAGCGGACGAGUCCGUGGACGUGGCCGAUGUUGGCUUGAGGGCUGCCCUUGAGGAUGUUGACGUGGUUGGGAAGCGCCUCUACGGGAAAGAGUUCCAGGGCGACCCCAAGUUUCGGCUGGAGCGAAUCUACAUCCAGUACCUCACCGAGAAGAAGGGUGCGAUCGACGAGGCCAGGGCCGUGUGGAAUAAGCUGAAGCGCGCCCAAGUCCACGCCGACAGCCACGAUUUUUGGUUCCGCUACUACAUGUGGGAAAUGCUCAUCUUCUCGUCACAUCCCCAAGCCAAAAGAAGUCCCACGCCGACUUCAUCAGGCUCAGGUCUCCGCGUCCCUCACCUUGCGACGGCUGUGCUCCACGCCGCGGCCACGCGUCGGAGUAUCGACUGGCCAGAAAAGGUGUUUGAAGUUUAUCUGCAGCACUGCAACGACUACGAGCUGCCUGCUCAAGUGCGUCGCGCAACCGACAUGGUACACAAGGCGGAGAAGGCUGUCAGGAGGCGACGGCUGCGUGAGGAGGAGGAAAAGGCGGCCGUUUAUGUUGCAUACUAUGGUGCCCAACCCGCCGAAGGCGCGGCUGCAGAGACGGAGUCGCCAAGCGGAUCGAAACGAAAGCGGGAGGCCAAUGCCGAGGCUGCAGAGGAGGGCGAAACCACCACAAAGCGACAAAGGGGCGCCAACGACACUGCCGAUGCGGAGCAACCCACAACACAGGAAGGGGUCAAGCGGGAUCGCGAAAACUCUACAGUCCUGGUGACCGGCCUGCCCGCUGAUGUUACGCAGACGAAGCUGCGCCAAUAUUUCAAGGAGUAUGGCCACAUCAACCACAUUACCGCUCUUGUGCAGGAGAAGGAUGGCCAGUCCUCCACAUCUCUAAUCGAAUUUCGUUCUCCUGAUGACGCUCAGUCCGCGCUCCUCAGAGACGGCAAAUAUAUGGGUCAGUCUCGGCUGAGUGUCGAGUCGGGCCACGACCUGACCGUAUAUGUCGCCAACUAUCCACCUGCCGCCGACGAAAAGUACAUGCGGGAGUUGUUUAAGGAUUGCGGCGAAAUCCUGAGCAUACGCUGGCCUAGUCUAAAGGUCAACACUCACCGUCGAUUUUGCUAUAUCUCGUUUCGCGAUCGUGAUGCAUCGGCCAAGGCUGUGGCAAAGGAGGGGACCGUGCUCGACGGUAAAUAUAGGCUCCUGUCCAAGUACUCGGACCCGGGCCGCAAGAAGAACCGCGAAGGCGCCGUUGCCGAGGGCCGCGAGGUGCACAUUUCCAACUUGGACAAGGCCCUGAGCGAACAGGACAUUCGACAGGCGUUUUCACAGUACGGAACAAUCUUGCGUGUCAACAUACCCAUGUCACUAGCGGGCAAGAACCGUGGAUUCGCAUACCUCGACUACGAGACCAAGGAGCAGGCGGAGAAAUCCGUCGAAGAGAUGAACAACACAAAAUUCCGGAAUCAGAUUCUUUCUGUGGAAGUGUCUAAGGAGUCCAAGGUCAAGCACGCUUCGACAAUUGUCAACGCCAGGCCGGAGUCUGCAUCUCCUGCACCGUCGCGUGACCACGAAGGGGACGAGGCUAUGAGUGAGUCGGGGGUACCGAAUCAGUCCAAGCCUUCGGCAGAGGAUAUCGCAGCGCGUACUAUCGCCCUCAUGGGGCUCCCCGACACCGUCAACGACGCUCGAGUUCGCGCGCUUGUUGAACCUCACGGAGACGUCGUCAAGCUGGUCUUGCAGCCGGCCCACGGCGGCGCCAAGAUUGAGUUUGUGGACGCCGCGACCGCCGGCAAGGCGGCGCUGUCGCUCGACGGCACCGACUUUGAGGGCAACAAGCUGCGGACUGGGUCGGUCGAGGAACUCCGACACGCCAAGGGCGAGCACAAGGUCGACCGCAUCAUCUACGGGAACAAGGACAAAUCAAGUAACAAGCCUGCCGACGGCGCCACGGCCCCGAGUGCCACGACCGGCCUCAUGCGGCCUGCUGCGCCCGUCCGACGCCCUGUUCUCGGCCGGCCCGGGCCUAAACGCGGCCUGGGCUUCGCCCCGCGACCUGCCGCCGCCCCUGCCGCCACAUCCUCCAAGGACGCUGGCAAGGCGGACAACGACACCGCGGCGGACAAGCCCGCGCCCAAGAGCAACGCAGACUUCAAGGCCAUGUUCCUGAAAAGCGGCGCCGACGGCAAGAAGACGGAGGCCGAGAGCGAGGUCAAGGCCCCCGACGACGACGACGGGGAGACGAAGAAGGCCGAGGGAAAUGGAGUCUAAGGGACGACGUGGAGCGGGGGAUUUGGCGCGGAUCAAGGGGGGAUACAAAUCAUUCUCCACGCAUCAGAGAGGAAAUGCAACGACGCAGGCUGUCUGUGUCGGCGGUCCUGUACAGUAUUAUGCCGUAUGGGGUAUCUGUCAGACUUUUGCUUUUUUCGCUGGCUGGCCUGCUCGCCGCCUGCUUUUGUUAUCCUUUUGCUUUUGCUUUUGCUUUCGAAUCGCCCUUUUGCGAUUCCCCCCUGCCACCUGCGCGGUUCCUUCCCGUGCUGUAUUGUUGUUGUUGCUGUCGGGUUCUUGUUUUUGGCUCUCUGCUUUUCUCAUACCCAGCUUUGCGCGUGCGCGCGUGGAGGGAGGCCCGCGGAGGCCCGCGGAGCGAAGUGUGUAGACUGUCCUACAUACAGCCUUCAUGGUCAGGGAGGAUGAUAGGUGGUUGGUGCCUCUUGGGGGCGGCGGCGGCGCUGGUGGGCUGUAGCAUAGUUAGAUACCUACCUGCUGGUGACGAUGGGCACCUGAGUGAGCUUGCAAUAGAUGGGAAUUGGCAGGCGUCGGAGAAGAGUAACACCUUGUCGUCUCUUUAUAGUUUCUUUCUCUUAUUGGG